AUGACGCAGGAAACCGUUCGCAUCGUUCUAGAGAACGUCGAUUUUCGCCUACCCACGCAGGUCACCGACGACAAUAGUGUCGUCGCCCUCAAGAGUCUCGUCUUUGAGCCCCUCAUAUGGUGGCAGCCACAGGGCCGUGUGAGACCUGGCCUGUUUGUGGGCUGGGAAAACUCUCCUGACGGCCGCACUUGGCGCUUUAAGAUCCGCGACAAUGCCAUCUUCCACGAUGGGCUGCCAUGUACAGCUCAGGAGGUAGUGGCUUACAUCAUUGGGUUCUUCAACUCGCGUGACUACUUUAACAUGCCCUGGAGCUACAGCAGAUACUUCGCGCAGGCCACAGUUUCAGCAGAAAGUGAUCGCAUUGUCAAAUUUGAAAACCCAGAGGCUUUCGCAGAUAUACUGGAUAUACUCUGUGAUUUUUGGCCAUCGCGUAUCGCUGCCGAUGGCAAGCCUGUGCUCGGCACAGGCCCGUACCGAGUCACAGAAUUUGAGCGAACAGAAGGAAUUGGCAAAGCAGUUCUGCAUCGUCUACCCCACAGCAAACAUGAAGGCCCGGAAAUCAUAAUUGCGACUCAUGAGCCUGAUGCCGCCAAGCGGCUCAAGCUCCUUCAAGAAGGCAAGGUAGAUGCUGCGCUGAACCUCGAGCGCAUCGAUGAUCUCAAUCUCCUGACUUUUGACCCCAGCCUGAACUGGGGCAGGAUUAACAGCACAUUGUCCGUUAUGUACUACCUCAACUGCACAAAUGGUAUCUUCCAGUCAUCCCAGGUGCGCCUAGCUGCUAACCUGGCCAUUGAUAACGAGGCACUUGUGAAGAGCGUUUACAAGGACCUGGCGACACCUGCAUCUACCAUUGUAAGCCCUCAUCAUCUCGGCUUUAAUGAGGCAGCAUUGCAACCAAUUCCUUAUGACCCAACUCGAGCUCGUGAAAUUCUAUCAGAGGCUUUAAGAUCGGGUGCGACGCCUACCCUGAAGCUGCGUACACCGGUUUACAUGCCCGAGCAUGCGCAACGUAUCUCGCGCUUUGUUGCGUCAGCGCUCAAGGCCGUUGGUUUUGUCGUCGAGGUCGAGCUUGAGACUAAUCGACCAGAGUACGCGCGGCAGAUCGGCCUGCGUAAGCAUAUUGGAGACCUAGCACUGUUUGAUUCGACGCCUAACAGCACUUUCCGUGUCCUGGAUGACAAGAUCUCAAGUGAGUCACGAAAUACAUGGUGGCUAGGUUAUCACGACGAUGAGUUACAACGUCGAUUCAAAGAGGCGCGUCUCAAGGUGGAGAGUAGGGAUCGGGCUGAAGCAUACGGAAGUUGUCUUCGUAGAUUGAAUGAGAACCCCAGCUGGCUGUAUGUAGCUCACCCGGAUGUGAUAUACGCGACUCGACCUGGACUUUCAUUGAAAAUAGGACAUUCUGGCGUUCUAGAGCUAUAG